AUGCCCCCCACUCCUCUCAAUCUCCGGCAGCCCCGUCUGUCACCCGAGAUUGACCUCAACUCGCCUCCACCUUUGGCGCACAACCAUGCCGCCACCCCCUCCGUCCCCGUCCCCAUCCCCAUCCUCGGCUACCCGCGCUACUCUCGCUAUUUUGACCGCGCACCCCCUAUGACCGGCGACUCCACCGCUACUUCGGCUAGUCCCUCCUUCGUUCAAACGCCUAUGGCUUCCGGCCCCAGCUCCAGCCGGAUCAGGGUGGUCGAUCCCGCCUCGCCCAGCCCGGCCGAGACCGUCGUACCUACCGCUGAGCAGAUAAAGUGUCUGCCUCACGCCGCAGACCUGCUCGGGAGCGCCACGGAGGUGGUUCCUUCCUCCGUCCGCUCCGUCCUGACGUACCGCGAGGACUCUGGUAGCCCUGCUGCCUCAUUGCCGUCCGCGCCCGUACCGGCGGCCGACUCGUCGUCUCGCGCGCACAGGACCCGCGCGCGAGUAGCGGCCAGGCGGGCAGAAGAGGCGGUCGAGACGGCCGUGCACCACCGUUCGCACUCGCGACACAUCUUUGACCCGGACCCGCCCGGGCCUAGCAUGGCAGAACAACGCCAAGCGGCGGAGAGGGGCAUGAUCCGGCCCCCUCCUCCUUAUCCCCCCACGCGUACCAUCUACCAAGCCCCCCUUCACCCAGACUACGUCCCUACACCCGCGGUGUUCAGCUUUGGGCGGGAUGAAGAUGAUGCCCCGUACUACCGGGACGCACCGGAACCGGAAAUGGGCUCGGUAUCGCCUCGACUGGCGAGCGCGGAUCGGUUCCAACCGGUCACAGGUACCCUCGACCGCCGUCAUCCGCGGUUCGCGCCGCCCGCUGUAUAUGGUCGGCCACCGCCCUCUCGUCCCGCCGACAUGUCGGUGCUCAUGGCUCCAUCGGUGUGGAGGCGGGCAGAGGUACCACGGGCCGCACCGAAUGUCCCACCUCCACAGCCCGCUCAGCGAUGGGGGCAAACAUAUGGAGACGAGCGUCGAUCCGACCUUGAGCGGCCCCUCUUCCCGGGAACGGAACGAGGAGAGCCAAGGGACAGGCUCGUCGCGUGGCUGGGACAGCAGGCGCGGCAAGGCGUCCCUGCUCAGGCGGCGAUGGAAGGAGUGACGGCAGAUUCGCGAGCGGGACGGGGUCUGUGGCCGGUGCAUCUUCCUGAGUGGGGAGCGUGGAUACCGGCGUCCCCAGAUCUAUUAGACGAUAGGGACCCUCCACACGCCUUCGAACCCCCUUAUCGCCCGUCUACCGCCCAGCACUCCGGAACCUCGGCUCCGGCUCGGUAUCCCCAACCCUUCGGCCCCCACUCCAAUCAGCACAUCUACGACGAACCCCAGUCAUCGCCCUUGCUCGAUAUGUGGAAUCGGUCCGUCCAGGAAGCGGUGGACCGGCGGCUCCCGGUUGAGCCCCAGCGCGACGCGAGGAUGGCGGAGCAUAUCGGGGAGGCGUACACUCCGGCUCGACUCCGCGAGCUAUUGCAGCAACCACACGCGGAGGAUCAGCGGCGGGCAGACAUCGCCGAGCGAUUCAGAAUACCGGGACGGGAGGUGGCGCAGCAGCGGUUUGAGCAGAGCGAGGAGGCAGUACGGCGGAGAUAUGCGGCUGCGGCGGGUCCAGCGGGUCUAUCCGCCGCGGUUUGGGGAGACGUCCCUGUUGACGCGGCCCUGGCCGAGAUUGAGGCGAGCGAACCGAGGAGCGCUGCGCAUCCCUUCCGGCCCGUCCCUAUUCCUGUUGUCACCAAUGGCUACCUCCACCCCGGAUACGCAGCAUACGCCCAGCCAGGUCCUUCCCGCGAUCACAACCAAAAUCGCGGCCGCGAGCCAGUCGCGGCGGACAACUCGUUCCAGUACUUUGACUGGACCCUGUACAACCAUCAUACCGGAGAAGAAUGGUUCAACUAUGCCGCCCUGACCGGCCGGUCGGUCGUUGCGCGCACCCACGACCGCCCGCUCUUUUCCGGAUUUGAGGCGGAAGUAGACGACUACUGGGCGCACAUACGACAGAUGAACGGCCUCCCCCCAGCUCCCCCUCCUCGUGCACCCUCUCAUAGCCUCGUUUUCCGUGACGGGCAAUCUGAAGCGGAGAAGAGGGCGGUGCUGCUAAAGGUGGCGAAAGUGGUUCAUCGGCUAGGACCCAUGUCUCGGCGUAUUGGCGCAGAGAGCAAGAUUGGGGUUUGGAAAUGGGGGGAUUUGAAGGAGGAGCCAAAGGCCUUGGAGGAGCAGUGUAAGGAGGAAGGAAUGUGUGCAGUGUGUUAUGAGAAUUAUGAAGACGAUGCGCGGGUAUCCCUUACGCCGUGUAGGCACGUAUAUCACAAGGAUUGUCUUGAUGUGUGGUUCUGUCAGCCCAAUACGACUUCGUGUCCCAUGUGUAGGCGAGAUAUAGCGGUUCUGGCGUGCGUCGACAAGAUGCUUCCGGAGGCUAUGAAGUCGGAGGGGCUGGGUCUGUGGAUGGCCACAGGCGCGGCGCCGGCGCGAUGA